AUGUCAGCAGCAAAUCAAUUGUCAGAUGAGAAACUCAUUCAAUUCUUUUAUGCGAAUUGGAAGUUAUCUCAACAGGAUUUCUGUAAGAGCUAUGGAGAGGAUCCACAGGCACUAGCACGCUUCUUGAAUAGACAGCCAGAUCAGUCGAGUGAGCGUGUUAGAACUUCACUCAAAAAGUAUUGGGAGAAAUAUCAGAUGUCAUUCACCGAUCAUCUCGAUGAGGAUGAAUCAGGUGGUGGCGGUAGUGGAAGUGGUAGUGGUGGUGUUGACCAACAGCAACAACAACAACAAUAUACGGCACCUUCAACACCGGGCGGUGGAAAACGUUCACUUCGUAACCUGCUACAGAAUUACUACGGACCGGGGAUUGGUGAUGGCUCCGAUGGCAACGGUGGAAGUGGCGUGCUCUCGAACGACCCACUCGAUAUCGAUAGUCCGAGCUUCGAUCUCAAAGCAUACUUUGAGAACACCAUUAAGAAAUCGACACUACAACAGCUGGUUGCCAAAGACAACGAUAUGGUCAGUGAGAUCCGUACGUUGGACGGUGACAUGAAGACGCUGGUCUACGACAACUACACCAAGUUUAUCAACGCCACCGAUAUUAUCAAGAAGAUGAAGAACAACGUUGAGAACAUGGAGGAAGGUAUGCAGUUGCUAUCAAAGAACAUGGAACUGAUCACCACUUGUUCCGACAAGAUCAACUCUACUCUAAGUGUAAGACGUGAGAAGAUUGAUCAAUUAAGUGGAUUACAUAAGUUAUUACAAAAAUUACAAUACUUAACAGCAUUACCAUCAAGAUUGAAUCAUUGUGUAGAGAUGCAAGCAUAUUCACAAGCAGUUAAAUAUUAUAAUAGUAACAAUGGUAUCUUGAAGCAAUACAGUCAUAUUCCAUCAUUCCAAAACAUUCAAACUGAAUGUGAUAAUAUCAUUAAUCAAAUGAAAUUGAAACUACAUGAAAAGAUAACAAAUAUCGAGACACAACAAACAGAAGUUGCAGAAGCAGCAGAAAUGUUAUUAGAGUUGUUAGAUCCAAUCGAUACCGUUAGAUCUGCAUAUCUACAGGGUCGUAAACAACAUACUUUUGCAUUAUUAAAGCAUAUCGAAAAGAAAGAAUUUACUGAUGUAGUUGAAUGUAUUAAGGAAUUAAACAAGAUAUUCUUGUCAGAGUUUUCAUAUAAUCAUGAAUCCUAUACCUCUUUGUUUGUCAAUAGAUUCGAUGGUGUUCAUUCAUCAAAGAAAGAAAUGAUGGUAUCGAAACAGCACUUGGAAGAAUUCUCAAAGGAUUUGUUUAACAGAUAUCUUGCUGUUGCGAAAUUAAAGUUGGCAAUAUUUAAGAGUCCAGAUGAAAAGAUUAAAGGUCUUGAAGUAUUAUGUAUCGAUGUAGCAAAGAUUCAGAAGCAACUCGCAGAUAUAUCAUCGGUUGACGAUAUUAUCAACUCUACUGUUUACGAUCAGAUUGCAUACUACUUUGACAAUCUUCAAAAGACUAUCAAGGAGCAUAUCAGCACCAUGAAUGCAACUCUUAUCAACAAGUCCUCUGCUAUUCUCGAAGGUAACUCACUUGCGGAACUCUCUGAAAAGACUGCCAAGGAAAUAGUCAGUGACAUUCUACAACUCUUUAAAAAUCUUAGACCAUUCUUUUUACCAACUGAGACAUCAUUCCUUACACGUCACUUUAGUACCAUUUUCACAAAGAUACAAGUGAAUCUACAAAACUUUUUCUUAUUCUUGAAUAUUCAUUUCUUAGAUUACUUGGAUAUCAUUAUAAAGACAUCAAAUAAAGAACAAUAUGGAAGUAGAUUCUUGUUGGCUUUGGCAAGUGUUUGUUUGUAUUUGGAGAGCAAAGGUAUCAAUCAGGUGGUUCAAUCGAUGAAUGAGUUUAUCAAUACCGUUAAGCAAGGAAUGCAUUCAUCGGCAGCUGCUCACCACGAUAUUUUCAGUAUUAAUACACCGGAUCUUGCCAAGCGUUUGAAGGAAGCCGCUCAACGUAUUCUCACUGUCUACACCAAGAUGCAGAGUAAGAGCAUCGAGAAGAUUCUCCGUGUCGGUUUGGAUUCCACUCCCAAUUGGUUGGCACUCAAAGAACCGAGAGAUGUCAGACAGGUCAACGAUAUCCUACUGGAUGAACUCCAAAAGAUUGGUGCCGAGAUUGGCAAGCUCUUGCCAGUGACCAACCAACAGCUCACCACUCCAACCAUGUCCAGAGUCGGCGGUGGACACUCUCGUUCAAUGAGUGGAAGUGGCAACAGCAAUGUAUCGGUCAACAACAACAACAGUGACGCUAUGAGAAGAAAUCAGUCCAAUGCAAAUCUACCAUCCAACUCUAACAAUCUAUUCGAUAAGCGUUUCGAUAUCUAUGCACCGGUCGACUUUUAUGUCAACUCUAUCCUUGUGGGCAUCGUUAAACUCUCUCUCAAAUCAUACAUUGAAUGUUUGCGUACCAAGACUUUCGGAACCAACGGAUAUCACCAGAUUCAAGUGGACCUUAGAUUCCUCAAGUUGUACUUUACCGAUAUGUUUGGAACUCAGCAAUCUAUCGAUUCCCUCAUUCAAGAGGCUGACAAUACCGUAGCCGAUAGAUGUUCAUCGGUCGACCCAAUUCCACUUGAAGAUAGUAUUAUGAAAAUGCUCUGUGAAAACAAACUAAAGAGUAGAAAGGAAGAAGAAAGAAAUAAAUCAACAAUGAUUAAUAUGAUUAGUGUUGACAAUUAA